AAACCGGAUCUAAAGGCUCUGUCUCAGUCCUCCAACCGGACCCGGGAGGUCCAGGUCCAACAGAUACCGCCCACCUGCCUGAAGUCCACGUCCAUCCACACCUUCUUCAAGUACAUCAACACGGUUCUGUCCUGCCUGAUCUUUGCCGUGGGGAUCGUCGGGAACGCCACGCUGCUCCGGAUCAUCUGCCAGAACAGAACCAUGAGGAACGGACCCAACGCCCUGAUCGCCAGCCUGGCGCUGGGAGACCUGAUCUACAUCGCCAUCGACAUCCCCAUCAACGUCUACAAGCUCUUGGCAAUGCAGUGGCCGUUUGCCGACAGUCUGUUCGGUCUGUUCCUCUGUAAACUGUUUCCGUUCCUGCAGAAAGCUUCAGUCGGCAUCACAGUUCUCAACCUGUGUGCUCUGAGUGUGGACAGGUACCGGGCCGUGGCGUCCUGGUCUCGGAUCCAGGGGACAGGCGUUCCCACGGUAACGGCGCUGGAGAUCGUGGUGAUCUGGCUGCUGUCGGUGUUUCUGGCCAUCCCCGAGGCCGUCGGCUUCGACAUGGUGAACUUCGAGUACAGGAACGUCACCAUGAGAACCUGCAUGCUGCAGCCCACAACACCCUUCAUGAAAUUCUACCGCGAUGCCAAGGACUGGUGGCUGUUUGGGUUCUACUUCUGCGUUCCCCUGCUCUGUUCUGCCGUGUUUUACGGUCUGAUGACCUUUGAGAUGCUGCGACACCAGAAGGGCAGCCUGAGGAUCUCUCUGAGCGAACACCUGAAGCAGCGUAGAGAAGUGGCCAAAGCUGUGUUCUGCCUGGUUCUGAUCUUCGCUCUGUGCUGGUUCCCUCUUCAUCUGAGCCGCCUGCUGAAGAGGACGGUCUACAGUUCCCACGACGCUCACCGCUGUGAGCUGCUCAAUUUUCUGUUGGUACUCGACUACUUCAGCAACAACAUGGCGACCAUCAACUCCUGCAUCAAUCCCAUAAUCCUCUUCUUUGUCUCCAAGAAGUUCAAAAACUGCUUCAAGUCUUGCCUGUGCUGCUGGUGUUAUUCUGGUUCUCUGUCCAACAGUCUGCUUCCCCUCCACCAUGGAACCAGUCUACAGUACAAACACACCGAACACUGAGCCGCUCCAGGAGUUAGUCUGCACCAUUUAGCCUGUAUUAUACUGUAUUUAUUCUGGAGAAAUGUUCCACUUUUAUCACAGGUUCACGUCCGAUGUGCGAAACAGUCACUCUGUUUGGGUCAGAACUCACUGAAUAAAGACAUUUUUAUGUGACCACCAUGGACAGAUCAAUGAACAACACAAAUAUACUGAACUUUAACCCAGACAGAAACACAAAAUGACCACGAAGAGACACAAAACGACCACAAACAGACACAAAAUGACCACAGACACAAAAUAACCAGAAACAGACACAAAAUGACCACAAACGGAUACAAAAUGACCACAAACGGAUACAAAAUAACCAGAAACAGACACAAAAUGACCACAAACAGACACAAAAUGACCACAAACGGAUACAAAAUGACCACAAACGGAUACAAAAUAACCAGAAACAGACACAAAAUGACCACAAACAGACACAAAAUGACCACAAACGGAUACAAAAUGACCACAAACAGACACAAAAUGACCACAAAGAGACACAAAAUGACCACAAACAGACACAAAAUGACCACGAGAACUUGUAAAACAACCAAAAUGAGACACACAAUGAUUGAAAUUCCAAUGCAAACAACCACAAAGAAACAGAAUCACACACAAAAUAACAUAAAUGACAGAAAAUGUCCUCAAAGACAAGAAAAAGACAUACAAUCAACAGGAAGCUCACAAAGAAACACAAAAUGGCAACUAAGACACAAAAAGACACAAAUGAGACACAAAAUGAUUGAAAUUUCAAUUAAAAUUAACUUUGAACAACCACAAAGAGCAGCAAACAAAUGCAAAACAACGAUGAAAAGGUGGAAAACAAUCCAAAAAAAAGAUCAAAUGUGGACAAAAAGACAUUAGAUCAACAGAAAGAUCACAAAGAGACACAAAAUGGCAACUAAGAGACAUAAAAAGACUCAAAUGAAACACAAAGUGGCCAAAUUGGAACCAAAAACGACUACAAAAGUUCUUUCUGGUCCGUCCAUGGUGAGUCCAGAGACUGAAACAGAACCAGUUCAGUGUGGAGGAACCUGAUUGGUUGAACUGGAGCUGUGGUCCAAUCAGAGAGUUGCUCACUUCAGGUCAUUGAUUGUAUUUAUUUCCAUGUUUUAUGUAUUAAAUGUUCCAGUGGAUGCAGGUAUACUUUCAGCUGAUUUAUUGUAUUGAAUUAAAUGUAUAUUUCUCAAUAAAACUAUAUUCUCUGA